AUGCUGGUUGAUUUCUUAAAGUGUAGGGUGGGAAAUGGCCAGGAUGCUAUGUUCUGGUUUGAUUCUUGGAGUGAUUUGGGGCCUCUAAUUGAUUUUAUAGGUGCCACGGGUCCUCGCCAGCUUCGGAUUAGGCUCUCUGCUUCAGUGGCAGACGCUACAUCCAAUGGAGAAUGGCACCUACCUUCAGCCAGAUCACCACAAGCGGAAGCUCUACAGAUUCAUCUGACUACAAUACAGCCACCAUCUCAGUCUCGAGGUGAGGAUCAGUUCCUUUGGCUUCAAGCAAACGGUACUUUUGGGUCCUCUUUCUCUUCUAGAGUAACUUGGGAGAGUAUAAGAACCCAUUCCCCGAUCAAGCCUUGGUAUAAAGUCAUUUGGUUUAAGCAACAUAUACCGAGGAACUCGUUCAUCUCUUGGUUAGCUUUACUUCGGCGUCUACCUACGAGAGAUCGCCUUAGGAGAUGGGGAAUGACUGUGCCGGAAGGUUGUGUCCUAUGUUCUAGUGCUGCAGAGACCCAUCAUCACUUAUUCUUUGAAUGCAGCUUCUCCUCCUCUGUGUGGAGCUAUUAUGCUGGAAGAAUCUGGCCUAACCCGCCUCAAGACCUUCACUCAGCAGCGGCAUGGAUUUCUUCGUCGCGAUCUUCCUCACUGCAAGAACAGUGUAUCAUCAAGCUAUUGUUCCAAUCAAUAAUUUAUCAUAUCUGGAAAGAAAGGAACAUGAGGAUUUUCCAGUCACAGGUUACUCCUGCCCCUACAGUUCGUGCUGCAGUGGAUCGUCAAAUUCGGGACCGGCUGCUGUCCAUUAAACCAUCUCCAUGUUUCCAGCCUCCUCUCCUGCAAGUCUACUUCGCCUUCACAAGGCCGCCUUGA